AUGUCCCUGCCGGUCCCUCGUCGCUGGACACAUCUUUCUCCUUCGUCCGCCUCCGUGCCCAAUACCACCAACCCUUCUCUCCAUCCUUAUCAAUCCCCAAACGACCCUCGAAGUUCAUCGACAGCCUCUCUCCUACCGGCACCGUCUGCUGUCGAGGCAAUACAAUCCGGACAAUCUAAUCUUCGUACCCUCCUCUGUGUAUUCAUCCACGGCUUUGUCGGCGAUGAAACUUCAUUUCGUAGCUUUCCAGCACAUUUCCACGAAUUACUUACAAUACUAGUCCAAGAUACGCAUGUCGUUCACACAAAGGUGUAUCCGAAGUUUAAGACUAGAGAUAAAAUAUCUAUCGCUGUUGAGAAUUUCUCACAAUGGUUAUCCCAAUUUACAUGUUCGACAACGGAUAUCGUCCUUCUAGGCCACUCAAUGGGCGGUCUUCUCGCCGCCGAUGCCGUCAUCCUCCAACCAUUCCCGCCAGGCCGCCACAGAAUCCUAGGUACAAUAUCCUUUGACACCCCAUUCAUCGGUAUCCACCCUGGCGUCAUAAAAUCCGGUUUAGCCUCCAUCUUCAGUCCCGGCGAAAAACCCCUCCCAGACCCAUCCAUCCCCGAAAACCUCUACGGUAGUUCAAGAACAAGCUAUGACAGUGAAGACACAGCCAGUACCUACACGAAUAGUACAGGAACAUCCAACAGUUACGGUAGCACAUCAACAUUUUUCCGGCCAACCAUCAAACCUAAGAAAUCGGUAUGGCAAUCCGGAAUGGAAUUCUUCAAAAAACACCAGGGAGGUCUACGACGUGCUGCGAUGGCUUAUGUUAACGGCCACCUGGAGUUUUCGGGCGCGUUGAUGGAUUUUGGCGUUAUGAGGCGAAGGUAUGAGCAGGUAAAGGCGCUAGAUAGGAGGGAUAUCGAAGACAGGAGACGUCUAUUGUUUGGAGAAAGUGGAAGGGAACAUGGAGUUUGGGUGCCAAGGGUGAGGUUUGUGAAUUACUACACUGUGAGCACGGGGAGGGUUAAGAAAGAGAAGAUUCAGACGAGAGAAACUCCUGGAGAAACUGGAACGCCGGAAAACGAGACAGUUCCACCGAUAUCACCGUUACCAGAGGCAGUUGUCCCCGUGGUAGUGAAGGAAGGAGAGGAGGCUACGCCGCCACCCGUUUACAGCCCUGGACCGAAUACUCCACCUCAGAAUACAGAAGACAAACACUCGGAAACAGUAAUGGUAGAUAGAAUUUCACCGUUAUCGGGUGCUUCUGGCCAAGUCUCGCCCUCAUAUGCUGAAUUACGAAAGAAAGAAAAGACAUUUUGCAUCAUCCCUCGAGAACAACAUGAGUGUUGGGUCAAAGUUAAAAUGGAGAAUGUAGACGAGGUCGGCGCUCAUUGCGGAUUAUUCUUUAUAAAUGGUGUUCCGGGCGCAGUUACACCUCCGGAAGUAGAGACAGAUCAAUUUGGAGUCGAGACUGUAUAUGGCAGCAGCAGUCCGAAAAAAGAGGAAAUUGUGGAGGAGGUAUUCGAAGAAGGCGGCGGCGGUGGUGGUGGUGGCGCAUAUGAAAAGCUACUAGGAGAUGUAGCGCAAAGGAUCGAAGGGUGGGUUAGAGAGUGGAUGGAUGAUUUAACGGUUAAUCCGUGGAUAUUGGAUGAAGGGCGGUGA